GUUACUACUACUACACCAUUACGAUAAACGUAAGAAGUUAUUUAUUGUAAAAAAUGUUUGGCAUUCUGCUGCUGUGUAUAACUGGUUUGGCAGUGUCUAUGACCGUCAAAGGCGACGACAUCGAGUACACCAUCCCGGCAGGACAACCGUCCGGCAUCACACCAUACGUCCUCAUCCAAAACCUUGGCCGGCCGGCCUAAGCAACCGCGGCCACGUGGACGAGAUUGGUGGGCAUGGAGUUAACAUGGAGCAGUAUUUCGACAACCGUCUCGGACCCGGGGAAGUCAGGUGCCCGGUGGACGGGUAUCCUCAUUGUCGUGACUGCGUGGCGGGAUACAACGACAGCGAUUUCGUGCAAUCGCAGUGCUGUUUCGCGCACCACUGGGCCUGGCAGCAUAACCGCACCCUCCGCGAUGUUCUUCCCUACCGCUUCCAUUUGUCCCCCGUGAGCCAGACCGAACCCGUCGAGUAUCGCGACCGGUACGCGACGGCUGGCGAAAUAUGGCACGAGGAUGUGUGCACGAAGGAGCCUAUCGCGACACUUCCUGAAGGAGGCUACAUCCCGUGCCGCCUGCGCAACGCUUGCCCGGACGUCAGGAACGAAACAGGAACCAUAUGGUAAUUUCUGUUCGAUGGCGCCCGAUAAUCGCAGACUACUACCGAGUAGUUGGGCAGACUUGGAGACGACGCCGUCAUGGCUGUUGUCUCGUUUUAAUAACUUUUGCUCUGAGCUUCGUAAUGCU